CUUUACGGCUUUGUUGCCUGUUAUCUGCCAAAGCCACCAUAAUCCAAACUUCAUACUCACUCAUCGUUCCUCUCUGUGUUGGGGAUAAUGCGCAGGUAACUUUCAGCUUUUAUAAAAUAACGAACGUCUGCCGCUCAUGGUCUCUUUCUCUAUAUGCAAUAUCGUAAUAAACUUUGCUCGUGAUGUGUCAUCAAUGCACACAAUUCAAGUUUUCUCCUUCGUUGAGUAAAAUACAAUCAAUUGUUUCAACUCAGUACAAUAGAAACAGCUUUUCUCUUUGAAUACCAAGAUUUUCAUAUUUUAAUUAGAAUGACGGAUUACGAACUCAUCAAAGCAGGUUGCCUACAACGACGGGAGCUCUGGGAAGAUCCAGAUUUCCCCGCAGUGCAGCCGUCUGUAUUCUACCAUCAAGUUCCGCCCUUCACAUUUGAAUGGAAACGGGCUAAAGAAUUGUACGCCAAUCCAAAGUUUAUUCUGGACAACAAUGACACUUUUGACGUGGUCACCGGCAGGCUUGGUGACAAAUGGUUAUUAUCUUGCGUCGGAGUAUUGUAUCUUUGCAAAGGACUGUUCUACAGAGUGGUACCUGCUGACCAAAGGAUAGACACGAAUUAUGCUGGUGUUUUCAGAUUUCGUCUAUGGUGGUGUGGGCAGUGGGUAGAAGUUCUAGUAGACGAUAGAUUACCAACGGUUCACGGCAAAUUGGCUUUCAUGCAUUGCAGCAACUCAGAACAACUGUGGCCGGCGCUACUCGAGAAGGCGUAUGCAAAAAUGCACGGAUCCUAUGAAGCGUUGAAAUACGGAAAUCUGCUUGAUGGCCUAGCGGAUCUAACUGGCGGUAUUACAGAAUCGCUGAACGUAUCAGACCUGACUGACGCUGCUUCUCUCCACAACCUCAUGAAAACCACAAGCAUCGUCACUGCUUAUCGCUUACCCAAUGCGGUAACACACUCAGUUAAAAGCAUCGAAUCAGGAAUGAAUUACCGACUUUACAAUGUGGAAAGGAUAGAUACCACAGAUGGGCCAGUAUAUUUAGUGCGAUUAACAAGGCCUUUGGCUCCUGGAGAUACACAUAUCACGCACUUUGUAUUAGACCACGCAAUGUGGAGUUCAAUACCGGUACAUGAGCGGGAGCGAUUAACUUCUACUAGUAAAGGAUUCUGGAUGCUCUACAGUGACUUUGUGUCAAUGUUUUCUCGCGUGGAAAUGGUACAUCUCGAUGUUGAAACCAGCAAAGCUGAAACUUCGUUGGCUGACAAACAAAAGUGGCAAGUGAAAAGCCACCAAGGGCGGUGGAAAAAAGGAGUAUCUGCAGGUGGUUGCAGAAACCACGUUAAUUUCUUCCAUAUGAAUCCACAAAUACAAAUAGUACUGAAUGAACCAGACACCGUCAUUAUAUCACUGAAUCAGCACAGCAUCAUGGAACCGAAAGUUAUUGGAUUCAGUAUUUACAAAAUUUCCAAAUGUCUCACCGAAACCGCAUCACCACUGUUUUUCAAAAAGACGAAGAGUUCAAUAAAUUCGCAGUACACAAAUAGUCGACAAGUUAGUGAGAGGUGUCUGUUAGAUGCCGGUGCCUACUUGGUGAUACCAACUACAUUUGAGCCGAGGCAGGAAGCCAACUUUUCCCUAAGAGUGUAUUCAAUCAGACAACUCAAAAUGAGAGUGUUAGAUUGUGCCCCACAAAUGUUAAAAGCAGCAAUACUUAAGGCACCGCCAGGAAUAGAAUCGAAUAGCUUCGCCCAAUACGAAUCGCAAUUCCUUCAAUUAGCAGACGAGCAUAAAACGAUAAAUGCCUUCGAACUUCAAGAACUCUUGGAAAGAUGUUUGCCCAACGAUUAUAUCAAGAGUUGCGCAACAAUGGAAACAUGCAGACAGAUUGUGUUAUCAAUGGAAAAAGACGGCUCAGGUCGGAUAACUCUUUCUGACUUCAAGGACCUAAUUUGUAGCCUAAAGCACUGGCAGAUGGUAUUUAGAUCUCACGCGCCUGAAAAAAUGAGUGUGUUGAGAAUUGAGAGAUUUCGCGACGCGUUACGCGAAGUUGGGUUCGUCAUACCAGAACGAGCACUGUCUUUAUUGGUACUAAAGUACAUGAGAAAAGAUGGAAUGCUUCGAUUCGGUGACUUUGUAUCGGCAGUCGUCCUACUUCAUAGAGCCUUUCAUAUGUUCUUCACUAACUGCUCCACGAGUUCAUUCAAAGUUAAUUUAACUUUCGCUGAGUGGCUGAAGUCGGCUUUGACAUGUUGAUUCUAGGCUAAACUAGGUACAUAAUUUAGGGAUUCAGCUAAGCUUGAGUGUAAAUAGUGUUUAUGUAGAGUGUAGAUUGCAUUUAAUAAAAUCUCAGUGUAAAUAAUUAAUAAAGAUUGUUUUAGAAAA